AUGAAGAAUUAUUACAUAUUGAAAACAUUUUGUAAGAGAAUUUUCCUCGUCGGCACGGGGAAUUUUUGGUACGAAAACGCCGAGAUAGGAGAUGAUUCUAGUAUAUAUUACAGAACACUCUCUUCGAUUUUAUUUUUUGCAUAUUGUUUUAUGACUUUACUGGAAAUAAUGGCAGCUUUUAUGGGUGACUUUCCGGAAGAUGAGAGACGAGAUUCGAUUACACUUUCUGUGAGCCAUUCGAUAUUAUUGAUAAAGAUAUUCUCGAUAAUUUACAAUAAAAAAAUCAUCAAACAGCACAUGUCUGAUAUGGUAUGUGUUUGCGAGCGGUACGAGAAGGAAUCAUCGCUGAGGGAGAGAUAUCGGUUUCUAAAGAUGAACGUUUUGACAUAUUUUAUUAUUGUUUAUAGUUCAGCCGCUUUUUUUGUUCUUGAAGGACUCAAGAAAGCUUAUUCCGGUUCGCAUUUUGUGACCGUAAUAACAUAUUACCCAAGCUAUAACAAUGAUUCUGGGCUGGCAACAUUCAUCCGAAUAUUUAACACAGUUAUCUUAUAUGUAAUGUUAUUAAGUAUGAUAAUUGUUGAUGGGUUUGCCAUAUCCAACUUAAUCAUAUUAAAAUACAAGUUUAUAACUUUGAGACAUUACUUUGAAGAUCUGAGAGAAGACGUUGAAAAGAUUUGUGAAAUGGGCAAUUAUAAAAUGGCAGGGGAGAGGCUUACGAAUGGUGUUAUAGAAGGCAUUACUAUGCAUAAGGAGCUUCUUAGACUAUCGAAAGUAAUUGACAAGGUAUUUGGAACCGCAAUGGCUUUUCAGUUGUGUCAGAGUUCUGUGGCGGCAGUCUCUCUUAUGUUACUAUUUGCACUUUCAGAGAAUCUAACAUUAUUUGCUAGUUUGAGGAUAAUUUCAUUUGUGGCAGCUUUAUUCCUUUUGCUUGGUCUGUUUUUAUGUAAUGCUGGCGAAAUUACCUAUCAGGCAUCAUUAUUACCAGAUGCAAUAUUUUAUUGUGGCUGGCAUCUCUGUCCGGCAAGAUACAAAGGGCAGAACCUCGGCAAAAUAGUCUCCAUAGCUUGUACGCUAGCUCAACGGCCCCUGGUUAUAAAAGCCUUUAAAAUGUUUGAGCUAACUUACGUAACGUUUCUUCAGGUCAUCAGAGGAACAUAUUCAGUAUUCGCGCUAAUAUAUGCACAAAACCAGUGA